AUGGAAAUGGAAAAGAGCUUCAAGAUCUUUGUGUACCCACAUAAUACUACUAUCUGUGAUAAGCCAAAGAAUCUUCAGGGCGAGUAUGCGAGUGAAGGACUGUUCUUUGAGAAUCUUUAUCAGAGUCGGUUCUUGACCAAUGAGCCCGAGAAGGCUCACCUUUUCCUCAUUCCCAUUUCUUGCCAUUCAUUGCCUGCUGAGGGAAGAUCCCCCAAUGAAAGGUCAAUAGUUGUCCUGGAUUUCAUCAAGAGCCUAAUUUCCGAGUACCCUUAUUGGAACAGAACUUUAGGUGCCGAUCACUUCUUCUUAACCUGUGAAGACAUUAAUGUAACAGAUACUGCACGACUUGCUAAUCUUCUGAAGAAUUCAAUCAGAGUCUUGUGUUCUCCAAGUUAUAAUGAUGAAUUUGUUCUUCGUAAGGAUCUUUCCCUCCCGCAAAUUGUGCAGCCAUUUAAUUAUUCUGCUGCUGGAUUUGACCCAUUUUUGGAAAGAGGUAUACUAUCUUACUAUAGCGGUCUUGAUGGUUCUUAUAUAAGAAAGAAGCUGGUUCGACCUUUUUUGGGAUUUGAAUCAGAACUUGAUCUCACCAACAUAGGACUACCAACUAAUACUGAACGAGGACUUGCUGUAGUUAUCUUCUCCGACUACUAUGAUUUACCAUUUAACAACAUUCUUGACUGGAAGAAAUUCUCCGUAAUACUCAAGGAGAGUGAAGUCAAUCAACUAGAGGAAAUCCUUGCAUGCAUACCAAAGCAAGAAUACCAAGCCCUGUCCACCAACACAAUGAUGGUCCAGAAGCACUUUGAGUGGAAUCUACCUCCAGUCAGACUUGAUGCGUUUCAUAUGGUCAUGUAUGAACUUUGGCUGCGCCACAAUGUUACCAAGGGUAAACCUUCAAGGGAUGCUCUGGUUCAGCUUUUGAAAUUUAUGGAGUUAAAUUUCCAUUCAAGGUUGGUAAAUAAGGAUUUGAUUGAGUUUCUUGGUUUUUGGGCUCUUGAAUUUGAAGAUUGCGAGACAAACUUGCCAAUUAGAUGGUUGAGUCUUAUUUCUCUAUUUCCUGAAAUGGUUUAUGGCAUUUCCUAUGACAGAAUUUCAGUUUUUGAUGAGCUUCUCAAGCUUAUGUCAAAGCUAGAACUUAUGGCGGAUUUCUCAGAAUUCUCUCAUUUCUAUGAUUUUGGAUUCUUCAUGUGUUGUGAAAAUGGUCAAAAGAAUAUCAGUGGUCUACCUACCGACAUUGAAGAAGAGCAGCUACUUGAAAAUGUUGAGAAGUAUAAGCUUGCAAACCAUCUAUUUUGGGGUUUAUGGGGGAUAAUAUCAGUAUGCCUUCCAGUCUUUCGUUUGUUAAUCAGAACCUAG